CUCCAAUAUAUAUAUAUAUAUAUAUAUAUAUAUAUAAAACCUUUCUAUUGUUAUCCGCUGUUGUAGUAACAUCAGAGUCGCGUUUUUGUUGUUAUUAUUAACGUGGGUGCACAUAAUUUUCAAGAAUGUCAAUUAAUUUAUUUUGGAAGUUCGUCGCGCUAGUGUUAUUAUGUGCAUAUGUCGUGACAAUGGCAGAUGCUCUCCCACAAGCUCCUGAACAACCAGAGCCGUAUGAAUAUCAGUUCGAGGUAAAAGACCCGGAAAAGGAAUUAUUCUUUAACAAAAACGAAGCCGGUGACGCUCAAGGCAAAGUACAAGGACAAUAUUCCGUUUGGUUGCCCGAUGGAAGAUUAAUGACGGUGGCUUACACGGCUGAUGGUGUGGAAGGCUUUGUACCGAAAAUAACAUUCGAUACCAAUAAUCCUUUAGGUUAAAAGAUCCCAUCUGGUCUUGGUUUAACUUUGGUCUUCAAACGUGAAUGGAUUCAUGUUUAUAGCUAUACAAUUAAAGAAAACACAACACACACACACAUCAUACGUAUACUUAUUAUUAUUAUUAUUACAUGUAUGUAUCAUUAUGUCUCUCUUUCAAGAGAGAUUAUUAACCUAUCAAUGCGUAAAGUUUUUAGUUAAUAUUUACUCACAUUCGUGGUUGGAGAAGGUUAGAAUAAAUAUGUACUGUUUUCUCUAUUGUUUUUUUUUUUGUAUGUUAUAUAUGUAUGUAGUUGAAUGGUAAAUAAGCGUUUCUAAAGUCAAAUUGAUCGCGAUUCUUUUUUAUAUAAAUAUGUUUUAAACAAAUAAAUUUAAUUAAAUAGUCUUUCUCAUCAUCAUUACCCUUGUUUUGAUCAUUUUCGUUUAUAUUCUCUCGAAUUAUUCUUGUUUUUAUGCCCAUAUAUAUCCUCUACAUUGUGUCCGCGAAAUAUUCAGUAAAUAUCUAUAUAUAUAAUAAAGAAUGCGAUAAAAGGACAA